CCCCUCCGUUCAGCCGCCAUCCUCCCUUCCAUCCAGGAAAAAUAGACCCGGACAGCAAACUGUUCUCCUGUUGCUUUGACGGACUGAUACACUUGACAGGAGCGAUUGGGGUCAUCCAGUUUUGAAGAGAUCUUUUCGAGAUGUUGCCUCAACACCUGAAGCAGAUCCGUGUCCUUAUGCUCAAUGACAAGGAGAAUCUGGAAAGAACCCUGUUCAGACUCGAGCAAGGUUUUGAGCUUCAAUUCCGCCUAGGCCCAAGCCUCCAGGGUAAAAAUGUGUCGGUGCACACCAACUACCCAGAUGAAGGUCGACGCUUUGAGCGAAACACCUUCCGGGUUUUGCCGUGGAACAACCCAACAGGGAAGGAGGAUGACUCUGAUAAGUUCUGCUGCCUGGAUCUCAAGAUAGCUGGGUCCUAUCAGUACUACUUUGGACAUGGAAACAUGAAGCGGUCAGGAGGAGGCUACAUCGUAGUAGACCCUGUCCUUCGUAUCGGAGCAGAUGACCAGAUCCUCCCAUUAGACUGCAUCACCAUCCAAACCUACCUGUCUAAAUGUCUUGGACAUCUGGACGACUGGCCUGACAGACUGAGAGUUGCCAAGGAAUCAGGUUACAACAUGAUCCACUUUACACCCCUGCAGACUCUUGGAGAAUCCAGGUCUUGCUACUCACUGGCUGACCAGCUGACCUUCAGCCCCGAGUUCAGUCGGGAAGGGCAGAGCUACAGCUGGGCCGAUGUGGGAGGGCUGGUGGAGAAGCUGAAGAGAGAAUGGAACAUGUUGUGUAUUACUGAUGUGGUGUACAAUCACACUGCGGCCAACAGUCAGUGGAUAAAGGAGCAUCCAGAGUGUGGCUACAACCUGGUGAACUCGCCCCAUCUUCGUCCUGCCUGGGUCUUAGACAGAGCUAUUUGGCAUUUAACCACCAGAAUGGCAGAUGGACGCUACUCUGCCAAAGGACUUCCUGCUAAUGUUACCAAUGAUGACCACCUGAAUGCCAUUCGCAGUGUGCUGUGGCAGGAUGUGUAUCCUCAGAUCAGACUGUGGGAGUUCUUCCAGGUCAAAGUGGACAAUGCUGUGGAGCAGUUCAGGAACCUGCUGAUAAAUGCUACCAAGCCAGACCAUAACAAGACUGGAGGGAAGAAGGGCCUGAGGAUCAUCCAAGACCGUAGCUACCGUCGCUAUGGCAACACGGUGGACAUGGAUUCCGCCCUGGAGACCUUUGUACCUCACAGCUCCUCGCCCCAACAUAUAGAGGAGUGCUGUGGCUGGCUGAGACAGAGACUGAACGAGCUGAAUGGAGAACAGUACCACAUCAUGCACCAGCAUCAGGAACAGGCUGCCAACUGCAUUGUGGGAAAUGUAGUGUAUGAGCGUCUGGCUGACCACGGCCCCAAGCUGGGCCCUGUCAGCAGGGAACACCCUCUGGUUACCAGGUAUUUCACCUUCCCAUAUCAGGAUAUGUCUUUGGAGCAGGAGAUGCUGCUAUUGGACCAACCAGAUAAGUUGCAACACUUCCUGGCUCACAACGGUUGGGUGAUGGGUGAUGACCCGCUGCGCAACUUCGCUGAGCCAGGUUCCAAUGUAUACCUGCGUCGGGAGCUGAUUUGCUGGGGUGACAGUGUCAAACUUCGCUAUGGCAACGGUCCUGAGGACUGCCCCUACCUGUGGGCCCACAUGCAGAAAUACACUGAAAUUACAGCCAAAUACUUUAAUGGAGUCAGACUGGACAACUGCCACUCUACACCUCUCCAUGUUGCUGAGUUCAUGCUGGAUGUGGCAAGGGCUGUGUGUCCUAACCUGUAUGUGGCAGCUGAAUUGUUUACCGGCAGCGAGGAACUGGAUAACAUCUUCGUUACCAAGCUAGGGAUUACAUCUCUAAUACGAGAGGCCAUGUCAGCUGGUGACAGCCAUGAAGAGGGCCGAUUGGUCUAUCGUUAUGGAGGUGAGCCAGUAGGAGCCUUUUUCCAGCCCAGUCUCCGUCCCCUGAUGCCCUCCAUUGCUCACGCCAUGUUCCUUGAUGUAACCCAUGACAACGAAUGUCCCAUACAGCUGCGUUCAGCACUGGACUCCCUACCCAGUUCUGGUAUCGUCUCUAUGGCCUCCUGCGCCACCGGCUCUACCAGAGGAUACGAUGAAUUAGUGCCACAUCAGAUCUCUGUGGUAAAGGAGGAGCGUGUGUACCCUAAGUGGAACCCCGCAGCAUCACCCUCCUCUGCUGGUGAGGUUGGCAGCCAGACUGGCAUCAUAGCUGGGAAACUGGCACUCAAUCGACUGCACCAGGAGCUGUCUGCCCAGGGAUUCAUCCAGGUAUAUGUGGACCAGGUUGAUGCUGAUAUUGUUGCAAUAACUCGUCACUGUCCCAGCACCCACCAGUCUGUGGUGGCGGUGUGCAGGACGGCCUUUUGGAAUCCCAAAACCCACCAGUACCACAGCAAUGUCCCACCCAUGUUUAUUCCAGGGAAAAUAGAAGAAGUGGUGUUGGAGGCACGGACAGUAGAAAGGCAUGCUGGAAAUUACAAGAAAAACGGCAACUAUAUCAACGGCAUGCCAGAAUUCACCGUGGAAAUAAAAGAGCAUAUCCCAUUGCAGGAGAGUUCAGUAGUGAAGCAGGCCGGUGUUAUAUCUAAAGGUCGAUCAGAGUAUGUGCAGGAAAUCACCUUCCAAAAGCUGACACCUGGCAGUGUUAUCGCCUUCAGGGUUAGUCUGGAUCCUAAGGCCCAGCAGCUGGUGGGGGUGCUGAGGUAUUAUCUGAGCCAGUUCAGCCCAAAGUACAGAAGAGGCAGUGUAGCUGACCCAAACACACCUCCAGCACUACAGAAACCACUGGCACAGCUGAUGUCCAAGCUGACAUUAGGGGACAUGAACAUCCUGCUGUUCCGCUGUGAUGCAGAAGAACAAGAGGACGGCGGAGGCUGCUACAGUUUUCCCGGAUGGGAAAACCUCAAAUAUGCUGGACUACAGGGACUGAUCUCAGUGCUGGCUGAUAUUCGUCCCAACAACGACCUGGGUCAUCCUCUGUGUGCCAACCUCAGACAGGGUGACUGGCUGAUUGACUAUGUUGCCAACAGACUGAUACACAGAGAGGGACCGCUGGCAGAGGUGGGUCAGUGGUUGGCGGCCAUGUUUGACUACCUGAAACACAUCCCACGCUACCUCAUCCCCUGUUACUUCGAUGCCAUCUUGGUAGCAACCUACACCACAGCCCUGGAUGCUACCUCCAAGCUCAUGUCCAGUUUCAUCCAGAAUGGGUCUACCUUCGUCCGCCUCUUGGCUUUGGGUUCAGUUCAGAUGUGUGGUGUUGGUCGUUUCCCUGCUCUGCCUCCAGUUUCCAUGAAAAUUGAUGAUGUUCCCUAUCGCCUCAGUCCAAUCUCAGGCCAAAAGGAGCAAUGCUGUGUCUCACUGGCUGCAGGUCUUCCUCAUUUCUCCUCGGGGAUUUUCCGUUGUUGGGGCAGGGACACUUUCAUUGCUCUGAGGGGACUGAUGCUGCUCACUGGGAGACACUCAGAGGCCCGUAAUAUCAUCCUGGCCUUUGCGGGGACCCUGCGCCACGGUUUGAUCCCCAACCUGCUUGGUGAAGGUCGCUGUGCCAGGUACAACUGUCGCGAUGCUGUCUGGUGGUGGCUGCAGUGCAUCCAGGACUAUGCUACACAUGUUCCCGAGGGGCAUGACAUCCUGCACUGCCCUGUCACACGCAUGUACCCCACCGAUGACUGUGAACCCUGCAAACCUGGAGAGGUGGAGCAGCCUCUGUAUGAUGUGAUCCAAGAGGCUCUCCAGCGCCACCUACAGGGUAUCUCCUUCAGAGAGCGAAAUGCUGGACCCAAGAUUGACAUGAACAUGAGAGAUGAAGGGUUCAACGUGUUUGCAAAGGUGGACCCAGCAACAGGGUUUGUCUCUGGGGGCAACCGCUUCAACUGUGGGACGUGGAUGGACAAGAUGGGAGAGAGUGACAGAGCCAGGAACAAAGGCAUGCCUGCCACUCCCAGAGAUGGAGCAGCAGUAGAAAUAGUUGGUCUCAGCAAGUCAACCGUUCGCUGGGUUGUGGAGCUCCAUAAGAAAGGUCUCUUCCCGUAUGAUGGUGCUAAAGUACACAGAGACGGUAAAGAUGUGUUCAUCUCCUACACCCAGUGGAAUGACCAGCUGCAGCACUCUUUUGAGGCAGGUUUCUGGGUGUCCGGGGACCCAAAGGACCCCAACGAGAAGCACCCUGACCUGGUGCAUAAAAAGGGCAUUUAUAAGGACAGCUAUGGAGCCUCCAGCCCCUGGUGUGACUACCAGCUGAGGCCCAACUUCACUAUUGCCAUGGUGGUGGCUCCAGAGAUGUUCACAGUGGAGAGAGCAUGGAGGGCUCUGGAAGUUGCUGAGAAAAAACUACUGGGACCGCUGGGCAUGAAGACGCUUGAUCCUGAUGACAUGGUGUACUGUGGUGUCUAUGACAAUGCACUGGACAAUGACAACUACAACUUGGCAAGAGGCUUCAACUAUCACCAGGGACCGGAGUGGCUAUGGCCAGUCGGCUACUUCCUGCGUGCUAAGCUCUACUUUGCCAGGAAGCUAGGUGUGGAAGUCUACACCAAAACAGUCACCCUGGUUAAAAAUGUUCUGUCACAACAUUACACCCACCUGGAGAGGUCUCCGUGGAAGGGUCUGCCAGAGCUGACCAAUGAGAAUGGCCAGCACUGCCCCUUCAGCUGUGAAACCCAGGCCUGGUCUCUUGCCACUGUGCUGGAGGUCCUCCAUGACCUCUAGAUGACCUUAUAUAUAACUCCCCCAGUGUGACCCCUCAAUCCUCACAUUACUUCCUGUCUCACAGAGAGGUCAUGUUGCUGUUUCCUGUUGUAGCUAUGAAAGCAGGAGGGAGAAUUCAGUAGAAUGAAUUUUUAUGAGUUCUCCUUCACCUCAUUAUCAAGGUCUAUAAAUUACCAGGUUGAGUCCUAUGAGCUCCAGUGACCUGUGACAUCACUGAGCAGAACAGUUUCUAUUGCUGCUUUCAUGUCUUAUGGGAAUCAUUAUGGGGACAACAUGACAGUUCAAAGCAACAAUUUGGUCGAUUGUUCUUAGUAGAUUGAAGUCCGCUGUAGACUUUGACUCCUCGUGAUCAGAGUUCCCAUUGGGAGAGGCAUUCAAGGGCACUUUUCUUUAAGGGGACCUGGGACAUCCCGAAUGCAGCACUAUCAUUCAUUUGACAACAAUAUCACACUUGACAACAAGCAUUGCCUGGUCUGUGACAUUCAUUACCAAACCUCAACUUCCCAAGUAGAAUGUACUAUCUGAAAGCUGAGAUGAACAGUAUUAUCUAGUUAUAUUUGCUGUCUAGAAGCAGCGGCUAUAUAUAUUUUCAGCUAGGGAGCUUGUAUGUACCAUCUUUCCCAUAUGACAUGACUGCACCACAUUUCCAUGAUUUGAAGUUAAUGAACAAUCUUGGAUAUGGAACCAGCAUUCUUCAUGAGGGCAAUGAGACUUGAUAGUUUUGUUGUUUUCAUAGUCUUGACCUGAAUAAUCUAUAAACCUAACCGAGAGAGAGGUCUUCCUGUAGGGGUGGAACAGUACAUUUUAAAACCAACACAAACCAACACAACUCUGGAACAUGUUACAUUCAAGUUUAACCAUGGCCCUCUGUUGUUGGUACUAGAAGCCUAGCUAAACCAGCUUUUACAUUGCUAAAACUCAUUCUGCAGUUAUGUGUCUCAAAUAUUAAUUAAGACCAUACCAGUGAUUCUGCUGGUUUAUUGUAAUACCUAAUAAUGUAUAUACUUCAUGUUUCUGCUAAUCUAUUGCCAAAGCAAGCAUUUGUGUUUUAGAACUGCCAUAUAAUUUUUCCUCCCUUUUAUCCAGCAGUUGGUUUCCAUUCAUUCCACUAUGAUAUGAAAAUGAACUUUAAGAGACUUCAAACUUUCUUAACGCCAGUUUUCCAUCACUGUAAUAAAGAUGUCCAAAUUAGUUUUCCUAAAAGCAGCAACACUGUUUUGUUUGGAUGUCUAGAAAUUAGGUAGAGUAAUGAAAUGAUCUCCCCUCCAGAAAAAAAAAAAACACAGGAAAAUGUGUUUUACACAUCCAGUUAUCAGUUCUGUGGUUUGUAGCAAUGUAAAAUGUGGGGA